UGGUCUGGAGGUGGGGCUCAUAGGUGCUAAUUGGUUGUCAAAAGCCCAUUGACUAUGGGCUUGCUGUGAUGGUAAAGGUAUUAGUUGGUCAUUCUUCGACAUGAACGAGUUUCAGGAGUGUUCUGCGUUUAGUAGCAUCGAUUAUAUCCAGCUGGCGACUCAACAUCCAUUUCACUUGGAGUUUUCUAAUAUUUUUACAAUUCCGUGAAGAUAGUUUUGGAUUAAAGUAAUUAAAUUGGGUCCUCGCUACCAGGCGCUGAGAAGAAAAUGCACUGUAAAUGCUAUUUUGGGGUUCUCUUCUCUGUGGUAGUCACAUUCCAAGUAAUUCAUUUUGGACUAGGUUGCAUGGGACAGGAUUGUGAAGACUCCAGACUGUCUGAUUCGUCAAAAAAGCAAACCCCUCAACACGCCGAAUUUUUAAAACAGUUCAAUGAAAUGAAUACUCGAUCCGAAGUACGGAAAAACGGAGAGUCUGGAGUUGUUUUACCUUUCACUGGCCUUACAGGAAGUGCAAAAUUAAGCAGAAGCUGUUGUCAAAAUGGUGGUACAUGUAUUCUUGGCAGCUUUUGUGCAUGCCCAAAACACUUUACAGGCAGAAGUUGUGAAUAUGAUGAACGUAACAGAAACUGUGGUGGUAUUCUUCAUGGUGAAUGGGUACAAAAAGGAUGUUCAUAUUGUCGAUGUGGGUUUGGGAUACUACACUGUUUCCACCAAGUUUUUCAUGACAACUGUGAUGAGGAUGUGGAAGACUACAGACUCCAUUCUGAGGGCUGCAGAUUACAGCAAUCCGUGUUCAUUUUCAUGUCUCUCCUUAUGCUGACAGUAAUUGUAUGAUUUUAAAGUAGUCUAGUAAUUCAGUGCUGAAACUUGACCAUCAUUUAUCAUUAGAAAAUCAAGAUACAAUGAAGGUAACCCACAAGGGUCCAAUGAAAACGUUAAUCUAAAGUGAAAGCAAUUUUAUAAUAUUGUAAAUGUCUGGUAAAUAGUAAAGAGUGAAUUCUUCCAGUGGAAGGCCUGCUACUGUAAAUGAUAUGGAAUAUGCCUUUUAUUGUAUACAUUUUAAAAUUGUAAAUACUGUAUGUUGACACUGUAAAUAUAACUUGAUAAGGAUAUUAGUCUUAUUUUUGGAAGCUCUCAAUAUUGUGAUGUAACAUUACUUAGUUGUUGCCUUGGUAUGUGUUGUUUAAUAGUCUGGAACUUGGUGACAUCUAAUAGGAAUUGUAAGUAGAACUGCUCAGAUUGUUACAACUUUGUAUUUAAGUAAAUCUUUGCAAAACUAAACUCACAUUUUUAAACCUGUUAUACUGUAUUACUGUACUGAAAAGUGAUUGGUGUGAGUAGCACAGUGUAGAAGAACGACUCCUGCUCAACAUAUUAA